CUGCAUUGACAGCUGCCCCCCAGCGAGGACCAUCAGAGGACCAGAGCAAACGUCAUCAUGGUGAAGAUCGGCAUCAACGGAUUUGGGCGUAUCGGGCGCCUGGUGACACGGGCGGCCGCCACAGGAGGCAAAGUGGAAGUGGCAGCCAUCAACGACCCCUUCAUCGAUCUGGACUACAUGGUGUACAUGUUCAAGUACGACUCCACGCACGGCGUCUGGAAGCACGGCGAGGUGAGGGCGGAGGGCGGCAAGCUGGUCAUCGGCAGCAUGCACAUCACCGUCUUCCACGAGAGGGAUCCCACCAAUAUUAAAUGGAGCGAUGCCGGUGUGGACUACGUGGUGGAGUCCACAGGUGUCUUCACCACCAUCGAGAAGGCCUCGGCUCACCUGAAGGGCGGGGCCAAGAGGGUGGUGAUCUCCGCCCCCAGUGCUGACGCACCCAUGUUCGUCAUGGGCGUCAACCACGAGAAGUACGACAACUCCAUGCAGGUGGUCAGCAACGCUUCCUGCACCACCAACUGCCUGGCGCCGCUCGCCAAGGUCAUCAACGACAACUUCGGCAUUGUUGAGGGUCUGAUGAGCACCGUACACGCCAUCACUGCCACGCAGAAGACGGUGGAUGGUCCCUCCGGGAAGCUGUGGCGGGACGGACGCGGCGCCUCCCAGAACAUCAUCCCUGCCUCCACCGGUGCCGCCAAGGCCGUGGGCAAGGUCGUCCCCGAGCUGAACGGGAAGCUGACCGGCAUGGCCUUCCGUGUCCCUACCCCCAACGUGUCCGUCGUUGACCUGACCGUGCGCCUGGAGAAGCCCGCUAAGUAUGACGACAUCAAGAAGGUGGUCAAAGCAGCUGCAGAAGGUCCCAUGAAAGGAAUUCUGGGAUACACGGAAGACCAGGUGGUGUCCACGGACUUCAACAGCGACCCACGCUCCUCCAUCUUUGACGCCGGUGCCGGCAUCGCCCUCAACGACAACUUUGUCAAGUUGGUGUCCUGGUACGACAACGAGUUUGGCUACAGCCACCGCGUGUGCGACCUGGUCCAACACAUGUUCACCAAGGAGUGAAGACAUCAUCAUGACAUGCUAAUGAAUCGUCAUGUUUACGUCGCCGGUCACAUGAUGUCAAUAACUGGUAUCCUAGUGGCAGUUUAUCCUCCUGUGGCCACUUCAUUAGAACGCAUGUACUAGUUUUACUGACUUUCAUUUUAUUCAUAAAUAAACUGAUA